CCCCCCGCCCAGCAGCCGGGGACCCCGCGGGCCUCCCUGCUUCGCAAAGGCUGCGGGCACUGGGGAGUCCCGCGGCGCUCCCGGCCGGGCGCGGAGGCGGCGCGGGCCCGCAACUCGCGUAAUGGGGGGGGGAACGGCAGCUGCCCCCUCCUUGCGGCUCACGUGACGCGGUGCCCUUGGCACGAACCUGCGGGCGGGGCGGGGCCAGUCUCCCGCGCCCUGCAAGAAGCCCCGCCCGCGCCACUCGCGGCGUCUCGGCGGGUGCGGGCAUGGCGGUGUGGACGCGCGCCCGCAAGGCCGGGCUGGUGGAAGUGCUGCUGCGCGAGCGCUGGGUGCGGGCGCUGGCCGAGCUGAGCGGGGAGGCGCUGGCGCUGAGCUCCGAGCCGGAGCCGCGCAACGGUCUGCCCAACGGCGCCGCCGCCUCGCCCUCCGCCUCCCCCGAGCGGGGCGCUGCCUCUCCCUGGCCGCCGGCGCCCGCCUCGCCCUCCCCGCCGCGGGGCUCGGCGCCGGGCUCCCCCCCGGCCGGGGUGCGGCGCGUGCGGGUGGUGAAGGCGGAGGCGGGCGGGCUGGGCAUCAGCAUCAAGGGCGGGCGCGAGAACCGCAUGCCGGUGCUCAUCUCGCGCAUCUUCCCGGGGCUGGCGGCCGAGCGCUGCGGGGCGCUGCACCUGGGCGACGCCAUUCUGGCCGUCAACGGCAUGGACCUCCGCGACGCCACCCACGACCAGGCCGUGCAGGCACUCAAGCGGGCCGGCCGGGAGGUCCUGCUGGAAGUGAAAUACAUGCGGGAGGCAACUCUGUACAUCAAGAAGCCAUCGCUGGUGUCCGACCUGCCGUGGGACGGGGCCUUUCCGCACUCUCCCAGCCUCAGCCUCAGCGAGGAGUCUGGCUCCCCAAAGCAUCAGAGCGCCCCCCAGGAUCGCAAAAUCAUCCCCUUGAAGAUGUGCUACGCUGCCAGGAACCUGAGCAUGCCGGACCUGGAGAACAGGCUGAUUGAGCUACAUUCACCCGACAGCCGGAACACCCUGAUUCUUCGCUGCAAGGACACGGCCACGGCGCAUUCGUGGUUCAUGGCAAUCCACACCAACAUCAUGGCCCUCCUCCCACAAGUCCUGGCUGAGCUCAACACCAUGUUGGGAGCCAGCCACACGGCAGGUAGCAGCAGGGAGGUCAAGCAGAUCGCCUGGCUGGCUGAGCAGGCCAGACUUGACGGUGGGCGGCAGCAUUGGCGGCCGAUCCUCUUGGCUGUGACGGAGAAGGACCUGCUUCUCUUCGACUCCGUGCCCUGGACAAGGGACGCCUGGGCCUCUCCCUGCCACAGCUACCCACUGGUGGCCACCAGGCUGGUGCAUUCAGGCUGCAAGUCACCCUGCCUGGGAUCAGACCUCACCUUUGCCACGCGGUCAGGGUCUCGCCAGGGCAUCGAGAUGCACGUUUUCCGUGUGGAGACCCACCGCGACCUCUCCACCUGGACCAGGACCCUGGUGCAAGGCUGCCAUGCUGCUGCAGAGCUUGUCAAGGAGGUCUCCGUAGGCUGCAUCUGGAACAGGCAGGACAUUCGACUCACAAUCCACUAUGAAAACGGCUUUACCGUGUCCAGCGAGGGAGCUGGUUCUACCAGUAUCCUCCUCCGAUACCCUUUUGAGAAGCUGAAGAUGUCUGCUGACGAUGGGGUCCGAAACCUGUACUUGGACUUUGGCGGCCCGGAGGGGGAACUGGCCCUGGAACUGCACUCCUGCCCCAAACCCUUGGUCUUUGUCCUGCACACCUUCCUGUCGGCCAAAGUGACCCGCCUGGGCCUCCUGGCCUAGCCACAGCCGCCGCCGUUGCAGCCGCCACACGUAGUUCCUGGCUUUGCAAGAGUCCCAUCUGCCAGCCUCAGUGCCUUGACUGGACUUAGAACGGUCCCAUCUCUCCCCUUCUGAAGGGCUCUGGGGAGGCUGCAGCCAUAAACCCUUUGCCUGGUCAGGGCAGGGCAGAGAAGGAGCAAUUCUCUGGUGGGAUCAUGUGAAGCCAUCGUUCUGUUCCACUUACCAGAUGUGCCUUUCAAUGGAGGCCGGGAAGAGAAAGGAAGCCUCCUCCCAGAACAAGCAGAGCGGUGCCUUGUGUGCCCAGCUUGCCCUUGACGUGCCCAAGUCAUGUGCUGCUGCUGUGGGAGGGUCAGAGACAGCCUGGGGGUUGCUGUGCAGUUGCUGCCAGGUUCCAAAUCAGAAGCCCCCCCCCCCAAAGGCUGGGGAGAUGCCCUCUCAUUCUGUUCAAGAGUCCUCUCCAAUUCUAGUUUUAAUCUCAGAACCAGUAAAAGAUGCAGCCUUAGCUUAAGAGAUUCUUUUCAGCAUCAGAAAAAGUCUGAUUCAGAAACCAGCACAGGGAAAAUGUUUGAGUAGCUUUCUUUGAGCAUCUCCAGCUUGCUAUGCAGAGCCCGUCCUUCUUACUACAAAGGGAGAUGCUCUUUGAAGCAGGUUGACUGGCUCCCUUCCUUAUUUUGACAUUGACUGUUACACUAGAGUAGUCUGAAUCACAAUUUUUACUAUUUAUCUUCUGCAGAACCUCCCGCAGCUAAGUGACUGUAUGAGCAAUUCCUGAGGGGUCAUUUAAAAAAAUACUCAGCAUCUGCUAAUGCAGAGCCAGUAAGGAGGCCACCACUAGCCACAAAAUAGACUCUCCUUUCCCCUCAAACCCAGAGGGACCCUCUUGUCCCUCUGCAACAAAAGGAGUUUGGUCUCUUGAUACAAAAGUUGUGUAAUCUCCCCAAACUCCUUCUGGGCACAUUACCAGUGAAAGGCAAUGGAGGCAUUCAGUGUUUCUUGCUCUCCCGAGGAAAGAAAUGAAAUUGUAAACCUUGAGUGGUGCCCUGGUUCUUGUCUCGAAGAAGCAGAGAGCCCAGCGGGGGGGGGGGAGUCCAUGGGAUGCCCCCAAUUCUGGCUCUAGUGGAGGGUGUGUGAAGGAGGUGCUACUUGCACCUCUGCCAUCCAAAGAUUGGGGGUUCAGGCCUCCAUCUCAGGACUUACAAAGAGGGCUGGGCAGGGAUGUUGUCAUGGGGGCCCAGGAAUAGAACCAGAGGUUGCUGCCUCCAGGGCUCCUGGUAUCUGUAGUCUGGGAUGGGUCUUGGAAAGCCCUCUCCUCUGACCUUUCAGCUUCCAUUCUUUUAGAUCUCUUGGCCCAGCUGAAGGAGGCUUCCUGACCCCUCCUGUGAAGGAUUUGGGCCCUCUAAGCAGAAGAGGAAGGCUGGCCCUCAGGCACUUGUCCUGGGUGUCCGGCUGCUCUGUUAAGGCUGGAAUUUGGACUGCAGGGCCUGUUCAGAGAAACCUCAAGGCCAGUAAGGGCCAUUCCAGGCCCUUUUCUGCAUUAAAAGCCAAUAUUUAAUGGUGCUGGAGUCACUUUCUGAAGAGAACACCUUUUCUCAGUCACCUUCAGUUGGGUGUAACCAGCUUCCUUCCAGGGCUGAAGGAGUUGCAGCCGAUCAUUGCUGCUCAUGGCCAGCGGCCAGACUGGGAAUUCAGGGUUGCUGCCAGGGGCCCCCUUACAUGUUUCAGAAAAGGGCCCCUGGUACCCAUAUGGAGGUGAUGUAAGGCUGUGGGCAUUUGCUGGCUAGGGGGGUAUGAAUGUAUAGCAUUGAAGGAGGAAAUUUGGCUGGCAUUAGCAGGUUUUCAAAUGGUGCUUUUAUAUCACAGUGAUGAACUAUUAUUACCAAAUUGAGACACAAAUUUAAAAAUACAGGUUAGGAAGUGCAGCUUGAUUGUCACAUACUCACCCUUUUUUACAUAGUACUUUUCCUAGCAAUGCCAGAUUCAGUUUUUCAGCCCAAGGAUGUUGUUGCAACUAUAGGAGGCUGCUCCGCCGAGAGUUUAGACCCUGAAUUGAUGUGGAGCAUAGAGCUGGGUUAGGAGACUAAGUUCCAUCAGUGGAGAAUUUGGGGUGGGAGAUCAGCCGAUUUCCAGGGUUUCUUCUUGCUAAUGUUUGUAGGCCCAGGAAAAACUUUUAAUUCAUUAACUUAAUUACUGAAGCAGGGUGGCACCUUUUGCCAAGUGGAUAUCUUUGUUCAAUGAGACAAGUGACUCGCUGCGGUUUCCCAUCUUCUGUCAGAUGUCGGGAGUUUACAGAUAGGGCAAACACAACUCUUAUAGGCCCAAAGUGCCAAAGAGGUCUUGAAAGUUUGCACAGAAAUCACUACAAGAAAGUAUCUGUGUUAACGCUGUGCAAAGCUGUAUGUCUGUGUGGGUAUGCUGUUUGUUAUAAUCUAAUGUGGAGUAUUGCAACAGAGAUAUGCCAUCACAAAUCUUAAACCAGCUUUAUUUUUUUAUUCUUUGUACAUGGUAUUUAUACAAGGACUUGCUUUUCCAAUGAUUUUAAAUGCAAUUUUGGGGGGUCUCCAGGUUCUCAAGUGGCAAUAUUUGGACCAUGUCUGAUCUUCGCCAGCAGAGAAAUUCUUGCCGAACUCUGCAGAAAACCUGGGUGCUCCUGGCCGGAGCUACACUUAAUUGUAUCACAUUUUUCAUUACAAUGAAAAGCAACGAAGGGCAGGUGUAUAAUAAAAUAUUAUUAGUUUUA